AAUUGGGGAAAUAAAUAAAUAGUAAGAAGUAGAUGAGCGUGAUUUGGUAGGCGAGUCUCGUAGCCAUCGUGAUUGCAACAUCGAAAUGGAAACGCCGAAGAGAUUUGAAGGUAAGGUAGCCAUCGUGACUGCUUCCACACAGGGAAUCGGCUUAGCAAUAGCCGAGAGGCUUGGCCUCGAGGGUGCAUCUGUCGUCAUCUCUUCUCGCAAACAGCAAAAUGUUGAUGCGGCCGCGGAACAACUGAGGGCCAAAGGAAUUCAAGUGUUGGGGGUUGUUUGCCAUGUUUCAAAUGCUCAGCAAAGGAAGAAUUUGAUCGACAAAACUGUCCAGAAGUAUGGAAAGAUAGAUGUUGUUGUGUCCAAUGCUGCUGCAAAUCCUUCUGUUGAUGCCAUCUUGCAAACAAAAGACUCGGUCCUUGACAAGCUAUGGGAGAUAAAUGUCAAAGCCACUAUACUUCUUCUGAAGGACGCAGUGCCUCACUUGCAGAAGGGUUCUUCUGUUGUUAUCAUUUCCUCAAUUGCAGGUUUUAACCCGCCACCUUCUCUGGCUAUGUAUGGAGUGACCAAAACAGCCCUUCUUGGACUUACUAAAGCCCUGGCUGCUGAGAUGGCCCCAAACACUCGUGUAAACUGUGUUGCUCCUGGUUUUGUGCCAACCAAUUUUGCUUCAUUCAUUACAAGUAACGAUGCUGUGAAGAAAGAACUGGAAGAGAAGACAUUACUUGGAAGGCUUGGUACAACAGAAGACAUGGGUGCUGCAGCAGCUUUUUUGGCAUCUGACGAUGCUGCUUAUAUAACAGGAGAGACCAUUGUAGUUGCUGGGGGAACGCCUUCCAGGUUGUAGAUUCCACUAUCAAUCUUCUCUGUUGUGGGCCAGCCCCACACAUUCUUGAAGCUCUUGUUCGUCUGAAAUUAUUACAUGAUUGAGGAUUAUGUGUUACUGGCAUGAGAUUACUAGGCUAUGUUUGCCAUUACUAAUGAAAUAAUAAAAGUUAUCACUUUUUAAGAGGGGGAAAACACACAAAGAUAUGCACAAUAAGAGAGUAAUAGGGAAUUACAUGGUGGAAAAAGAAAAAGUAUCAAACACGUGCAUUUAUCCGAAAGUGCCCUCCCUAGCUCCAGGUAAGUGGAAAGUGGCAACUCACGGGUAUUUGUCUACUACUACUUGAAAUGCCGAGGGAACUUUUGAAGAGAAAUCUUCAUUGCUGUCUGCAAGAGCAAUGCGUUGUACUAAUUUGGUUUCAGUAACUCUUUUAUUUUUCCAAGAUUUAGACUCUGUUUGAUUUGGUGUUGAAUUACGUUCAACGACAAAAA